CAGGGCAGUACUAGAAGCGGACGAGGUCGGAGGUUUGUUUGUCUGCUGCGCUGGGCGUCGGAUGAUGCUGCCGCUGCUGUCCCGGACUGACUGACUCACUCCCAGACUUGACUGACCGGGACAAAGGAUUGUUUUAACUGCACCGGAUCCAGACGUACAUGAGCAGGGGAGAUCGAUCGGAAAGUGCAGUUGCACAGAAGGCCGAGAGCAGUAGGCGCUCUCCUGCAGAGGGUCCGAGGAUAGACCUCCAUUAACUACAACUGACUCACUGCUUCACACAAGGCAUCGAGACAGUGUGAAGUGAGUGUUGUGUGUGAGUGAGAGAGAGAGAGAGGCGAGGAGUGUUAGAGCGAGAGAGAGAGAUAGAGAUAGAGAGAGAGAGAGAGUGAGCGAGGGAAGUGGUAGUCACGCUGUCGUACAGCCAAAGGAAGAAAGAAAGCCAAAAGAUAAGAGAAGCAGGACAAGCUGCAAAACCUCGCUGCGGCACAAGACCAAGAAGGAGAAGACGAAGAAGCAGGAGUAUAUCCCCAAGAGGUCCAGGUGACCAGAUUAAAGGGGCGAACAGGCCAUGAAUCGGAGAUUCACAGGAGGAAAGGACGGAUUGUUUGACCGAUUGCCCCGUACCUGUCGAGUGUCUAUCCAGUCCGAGCGAGGUCAAUCGAUAGUGACCUCGUUUGAUUGCUAGACUGAGCGGGCGAGCGAGCUAGUUAGUGAGGGAGCGAGUGAUCGAUCGAUUGAUUAGAUUGGCGGAGGAAGGAGGUGGAGCGAGCGAGGUCCGUGUGCAAUCACGCAGAAGAUGAGCCACGGCCACCACGGGAGCAGCAACAUGAGCAAGAGCACGAGCAACAGCGUGAACAGCAAUAGCAGCAGCAGGCAAAAUAAGAGGCCGACGCCGCUCAGGAUGAUGAAAGAGGAAGUGAGGCAGUACCGGCCUCCGGUGAUCAUCCACACGUUCUCGCCCAAGAUUAUCCACGUCGAUGCGGCUAAUUUCUCGACGAGGGUGCAGGAACUCACAGGGCGGGGUCUGAAGAGGAAGCCCGAGUGCUCGCCCAGGCCUCGCGAGUACCCGCCCGAGGACCAGUCCUGCGCCUCGCCGAGCUCCAGUGCGGAUUCGGGCCUGCCGGGAGCCGAGAGUGGGGUCGAGAGCACGCACGGAUUCGCCUCGCCGCGAGGGCCCCUAGUGUCAUUCGAUCCCGUGUACCACCACCAGCACCACGCCUUCGAGCCCUCGUGCGCCAGCGCGCACCAGAACGCAGCCAGCGCCAACGAGCAGGCCUCCAAUCUGUUCGCCAAUGCCGUGAUCGCGGCGGCGGGGCCCCAGUACUCUCCAUUGUUCGGGGCCGGCUCCGGACCUCACCUCUUCUCGCCGCUGCCGUCGCCCAACUUCCUCUCGUCCUCGUUCAUGCAAGAUCUGCCGCCGAUUCUGUCGCCGGGCCCGUAUGGGAGCCAGACCUUCGACCCCUACAACUCGCACUUCAAUCCGUCUCCGACCUACGGGCGCUACGGCGCCAGCGCGGGGGGCAUCUCGUCGUUACCAUCGCCCGGAAGCAGCACUGCGUUCAAGGAUAUGGCGCUGAUGAUGUCCCGCGACUCGAAAGGAUGAAUUCGGCGAUCGUCCUCCUCUUCGGGACCUGCGGGGACCCUGGACUCGAGCGAACUCGGGCGGACGGACGGCUGGCGCACAGCACGGAUUCGGUAGGCGUCGGCAUUUGCCGGGAAUCCUCGUGCGCCCGCCGCGCUGAGCCCAACCCAGCCGCAGGAAUCGAAGAGGAGAGACUUUUAAACCCAAUCAGGCAUGAUUCGACUUGUUUGUAUCGAUAUGUUUCGGCGAGUCCGAGAUCUUCGCUCCCGAAUCGGGUCUCGGAUUCGGAUUCGUGCUCGGGCUCGAAGCUCACUCGCUCGCUCGGAACACCACGAAUCGUACAACGAGGAGAAAUGUUCUCUUUUACGCUCAGAUCAGGUAGACAGACACACAGGACCUUCUACUGCUGCUGCUGCUGCUGCUGCGAAGCGGAUCAGACCUCGGAGCGUCAGUGGGAUCGGAGUCACCGGAAUCCGUCCAGAGAUUGCUUCUGCAUGCAUCACCCACCAUCCGCAGCAAGCAGGUGGCCUAUUUUGAACUGAGUUUCUCGUUCUCGCCCUCGGGCAUGGCAUGAUACACAAGAACUUCGCUGUCCUAGCGCCAUGGCGCCCCUUCGACGACGACGACGACGACCACCAGUACACAACCCAACAACAACAACAACUUCAACCUCAUCAUCAUCGACGACGACGACGACGACUGCGACGACCGCUGUAAGCGCUUAAAGACACAUCUAUAGAAGGAUUUUUUUUGGGAUUUCGAAGGAAGCAAUGUAUCGAGCUGAAAGAGGUGAUUGUUCUCUCAUGAUUAGCUUUUCGUGGGCCAAGACUGCACGAUGGAGCCUGGAGGAGCGCGCUCUCCAGCCGCAGAACAGACUUCUUGCGGAUUACAGACUGACCCCUCCGUCAGCGAGCGCCAGCGACGACGACGGAUGGAUCAUGGGGUUCGGCUGAAGUGCGUUCACAAUACUACUACUACUACUACUACUCCUACCACCACCACCACCAUCACCGCCACCACUGUAGAUGUUCCUCGGGGAGUUUUAAUUUCUUACUCUAAGGAAAGAAUUAUGUCUACUUUUACGUUUUAGUGUAGAGAGCGAUUUUUCAGGACGAUGAUCCUCAUGACCAUAGUCACCAACCCUGGGUGAAUCGAUCGAUCGAUCGGUCGUGGGACGAUUGAUUCCUCCGGGUGAUAUUCAGUUGCAGACAUGGCUUCUUCCUCGCCGCUAUCCCAUUCCGGGCUCAUUGUGUACAUACUUCUGCUCCUCCGGGAUGUCAUUCUUAUUUUGCACCUUGGUGUACAAGGUCGUGAGGCACGACCACUGUGCUCUCUGUCUGUUUCCGCUUGUGCUAUGAUAUACUACCAGACGCCAUGGUGACAACCAUGACCUCUCUUUUAAGGAAAACAAAUGUCUCCCUGUCCCUCCAUCAGACUCCAGGUUUUUCAUUAAUGCUUUUCUUCUUCUUGAUGAUUCUCCGCAAUUCAAUCCAAUUCAGCUGUUCGUGAUUCGUCCCUCGUAUUUAGGCUGUAAGAAUUCCGGAAUUUCAACCGGGCCUUUUGGUUCUUCUCGAUUUGUGGUAUGGGGUCAAUGUUCUCCCCAACCUGGCCUCGGGGUUGACCUCUAAACAGGUCGGGUCGACAUACAGUAAAUCGCGACGCGAGUACACUGGCGGUUAUAGAAUGAUGGCAUGUGGACUCAUUGUUCCAAGAUGGUGCGACUUGCGAGUUCCACGGCUCGAGGGUUUGAGCUUCAGCAGGAAGCUCUCUCUCUACUUCUCUCCACAAUUAAGCGGCGGUCGAGAGGUCGUUCGUGGAUCAGAGCAUCUGUUGCGGGCAAUUGAUGUCUGACCCAUCGGAAGUCAGUCUGGCGGAACGGACCAUCCCCUCAAUCGUCCAAUUCGAUUCGGUCCGAUCUGGGUUGGUCUGGACAUUGUCAAUUUUCCCUCGGCUGCAGCCUGAGCCGGAGCCGGAGCCUGAGAGCUCACGGGCAUUAAAUUGAACUGGCUCGAUGGCUGAAUGCACAUCCCUGGCCGCCGUGAUGCGGUCAGUUCGACGAGUCUGCUACGGGAGGAGUCAGUACGAGUCCACUACAGUGUGGAAUCGUGGCUCUGGGAGUAGACAAGAUAGUAGGUUCAUGUGCGUGCCGGUUCUCCACAACGCGGGACGUCAGAGCGAAGUUACUUGUGUUGUAAGACGUGACCGAUUCGAAUAAAAUGGAUGCUUUUACACCUUACGCUGACGUGAGCUCUUCUUCUGCUCUGGAGGCCACCAUUGCCCAUCCUCGUGAUUUACCAUCCACUGGUGAUGGCUCGGCGCUCAUGCUCCAUUCAUCAACUUUUCUGUGAAACGAGCCCGUCUUUCGUGUUAGUGUGGCUACCACGGGGACUAGCUAGAGGAAGCCUGGGGUUACGAGGGAGGUGUCAGGAAAUUCUCGAAUGGCGACUUGGCGAUUGCGUGUUUCUAUGCGAACGGGAGUAGAACUAGAAUGCUUGGCUUUGGAUUCAGCUCGUCCAUCUCAUCUCAUCUCAUCUCAUUCUUGCAAUCCUGCAGGUGUGAUUUGUUCCUUGUCGGUCGUCGUUGCAGACCGAGGAAGAUCAUCGUCAGGCUAUGGCGAAGUUAGGCUGGUCGGUUUGAUAGUUCAAGAUCGUAGUCACUAGACCCCAGUUAACUUGUGUAUCGAUCAAGACUUCGCGGAUGUUGCUAACAAUGAUCAGACACCAUAUCUUUCUUUCUGAAACUGACUCGGGUUGUCCGUCCUCCCUCUGGGUGCGAUUCAUUUCUGGUUUUUCUGACGCUUGGAGCGAGAUUUGAUGUCGUGGCUU